AUGGCUUAUCAAACCUAAAUAGUUUAAGGAGUAUUAGGUCUUUGCUAGUAUGGAUGUGGAGCUUCACUUAUGAGAGGCAUGCUAGACUUGCUUAAAAACUUAUUCUUAAAUGGAGACUUCACUAAGCUUCAAAGCGAGUUCUUUGAGUAAAUUCUGCCAUAGAUUUAAAAUCCUAAGGCAUCAUCUCAUGUUAAAAUGUAAAUUUAUCAAUUAUCAAUGAUAAUUAUUAGUUCUGGUUGCUACUUGAGUAGUAAAAUAUUUAAAGCACUAUGGCCAAGAUGCCAUACACCUCCAACCAAAGAUUUGGUGGAUGCCUAUUUCAAAAUUGCUAAGAAUUCUUAGGAUAGAUUUACCAAAGAAUGUGCUUUUAAAGGAAUCAAACAAAUUAUAAAAUCGAAUCCUAGCAACUUGUUUCAGAUAAGUGGAGAUCUCUUGAAGCAUCUCUUAAAACUAGUCAAUAGCGAUAAGACAACAUGCUUGAGAGUCUACGUCUAAUCUACUCUGAAUUAUACUUCAAUGCAUUCUUGUUUCGAUCAAAUCUUACAAGUCUCUAUCAAAGGCUUUGAAGACUCAAAUCCUGCUGUUCUGGAAUAAUUUAUUCUUACCUGUUACCAUUUACUUAACCUCAGACUUCAAGAGUCUCAGUAGUAAGGGGAUAUCAAGACUACUUUCAGAACUUACAAUUAAUAGCAAAGAGAUGCUUUGUCUGGGCCACAAAAGAAAAAACAAAGUCAAAACUUUUAUGAUGUUCCGAGAACUCUCUCAGACAUGAUUUCAUUCCUCUGUGCUAUCUUAGUGAGAAUACAAAUAACUGCAGCAAAUAUUUCUUCAAUGGACAAUCUAAGAUACGCCUUAUCUUAAGUAAUGGGGAGAUUAAUCGAAAAUAAUAGAGUGCAUCUGGAGAUGGUUGAUACUGAGAGUGUUUUAAAUCCUCUACUCUUAAGUUUAAUUGGAAAGAAUUAAUAAAUCUCACAAUAGGAUGCUGAUACAUUUAAGCAAAGAGAAGUGAGUCUGUGGGUUUUCAAUUAAGCAGUAUUGUAAUAUGACCCUCAAUAAAAAAUAUAAAUCCUAAAGCAUUGCCUCUAAAGUCUGCUUCAAAGAUAACUAAUUCUGAGCAAAGACACUCUUGAGAUCUUUUAAGGAUUUUGCAAAAAUCAAAAGUUAUCAACUAUGCUGAAUGAGAGUCAAAUUAUAACUUUGCUAAGAAUGGUUACUGAGUGCUUGUUUAGAUUAUCCUCCUAGGAACUAAAGAAGGCAUUUGCAAGUGAAAAAGAACUGAUUGAUCCCAUAAUGCCUUAUAUCAAGGAUUAGCAGUCACAUGCUGUAAGGAUGUAUGGAGUGGAAGUCAUUAAGACUAUUGGAUUCAGAUGUUCUCAUUUAAUACACGAGAUCGUUUCAAUAUUUUUAUCCCUUGCUACUAUUACAAAUGCAGAUUUGACAUCACUUAGAUAAGUACCAAUUCUUCAUCUGCAAGCUGAUAGAAACUUGAUGAAACCAGAUCAAUAAGUUCUUCAUGAUAACCUUGCUAAUCUGAAUGCACAGGCAUCAUCUUUGACUUGCUUAAUUACUAGUAUCAAUCAUAGUCUUGGAGGAGUUCCUCUGGCUUUAAUUAAUUAAACCAUCAAUGUGGCUAAAGGAAUGAUCUUAGGCAAUUGGAAAGUAGGAGAGGAUGAAGAUGAAUACUUCUUCUCAAAUGAUUUACAAAAAGUAGACUUGCAAGAAAAUCAAAGAAGAGAAGCAGGAUGGAUUAUAUUUGAAGGACUUGUCAGUCUUGGUAACUAAUGGAUGGGCACAAGACUGAGUUUAUUCUUUAAACUGCUGAAUUCUGUAUUCACCAAAGAUAUGUGCAUUGUGAACCCAAUUCAAUUGAAGGAUUAGAAUUAUCAGGAGAAGAUUCUAAAUGAAUUCAGAAUUAAGAAGGCCGCCUUAUCUACAAUCAGAUAGUUCCUUAGCAAAUGCUUUGUCUUACUCAACAACCAAUUGCUAAAGCUGAUAGGAACUUUCCUAGUUAAUGCUGUUUCCUUCUUCAUUAACUAAGAUAAGGAAAAGAAAGACUUGAUCAGAUUGUUCUAGACAGUAUUCCCUAUUGAGUAUGCUCAGGUAAAGUGUGACAUAUAUGAAUGUCUCUUGAUGAUACCCUCCUCCUUAUACCAAUCUAAAUUUGUACAUCUUCUGCACACUGUUUGUGAAGAGAUAGUGUCCGAAGAUACCUAAAGAGAAAACAACUAUAUUAAAGGUAUAUUUAAAUUUUAAUAAAUAUCUAUAGAAUUUUUACACUUUGAGGAUAAAGUACUGAGGAAUAAACACUCCCAACCAACUAGAAAGUUUUAUUCUAUCUUAAACAGAGAUAAACUGAAGAUUCUAAAUGCUGAAGAGGGUGUGAUGAUAGAGCCAUUCGUUUAAAUUACUAGAUAUGAGAAACCACUAAGUGAUAUUAAAACUCAGAAAUUCAGCAUCAAAGAUUAGAUCAUGAAAGGAUCGAUUCUUCUCUUUGGAGAGAUAUUUUCUAGUCAUAACCUGAAUUUGAAAAACAAAUAGCAACUCGUAAAGCAUUUUAUCUCGCAUACUUUACCUCUACAAACUUAAUCUACCAAGAAAGGCUAAGACAAAAACAACAACUAAAGCUAGGAGUAAAAGAUUAAUAAAGUCCUGGCAGUUGCUUUGGCUACACUAUAAGUAGCAAAAAUUAACGCCAAGAAAAGUGACUUACAAGAUGUUGAGAUUCAUGCCUAGCUUAAGCAAAUUCUAAAGAACUGCGAGCAAUAUCAAAACAUGACCUUGUUGAGAAUUCAAUCAGAAGCAACUGUAUUUCUUUAGAUCCCUACAAUACUUAAAGAGCCUUAGAGGCAGCUAGACUAGUUCAUUAAAGAAUAAGAGAUCAUAUUCUAAUAGCUAUCCUAGACCACGGCUCAAGAUGAAUUGAUAGCUAAUCUAGUUAGAUACCUGGACUAUGAAAGUCUUCUGUAGCCAUUUAUGCCUAGGAUUCAGGAAAUAUUCACCAAGCUAUCGAAAGAAAACAAUAACACAGUGAGGGAGUAUUUCCUUCACUAUGCUUACAUCACAGUGAAGAGAGUAGGCUAGGACUACUAACAGUUCUUUGCUAAUCUGUUCCCAACUUGCUUUCAUCAAAUGCAAACUGAUAUCAAAACUGAUUAUCUAGUCUUGAACUCACUCGGCAAGAUGGUGGAAUGCCAGUUAAGGCAAAAUAUGGGGCCAGUUAAUGAAAGCAGAAGGGCACAGAUCGUAGUGAAGGAAUUUAUUGAGGUACUUUAGUGGUCAUUAAUUAGAAUAGAUUUUGCUUUUGAGAGAGGAUCGAUCAUCGAGAGAUUAAGUGGAAGAAUAGAGAAGAUAUUAGAGAAGGUAGUGACUCUGCUCAAAUCCAACGGACUGCUUAACUUGAAUAUUAAGAUUAAGUGCAUAGAGAUCUUAGCCUCUCUGGUCUACAAAGGCUACAUUAACGUCAUCAAGCACUAUUUCACGACCGUCAAGAAGGAAGACUUUUUGAGUUUCUUAUUGGACUAAAUCAAUAUGACUUACGAAGUGUCCCAGCAAGCUUAUCAGGAGACUAGACUCUUGAAGAAGAUUAAGUCCUCCAUUAGAUCCACAAUGAGCAGCUUUGAGGAAUUCGAGAGCGUUAUAAACAUCAGGCAGAUAAAUAAUUUCUAGAACUAGAAAGUUAUUCAAGGCUCUGCUGAUAAAGCUGUUGCUAAAAAUCUACUCUACAGGAAUGCUGUUGAAGUCUUAUUCGUGAUUGCAUUCAAGAUAGAUACGAGCUUCAAUUUCAAAGAGUCGUUAGAAUUCACCAGAAGAGUUGUCUCUUACUCUCAUACAUCUCUAUCUUAAAUGAAGAAACCUGGAGAGAAAUCAGAAGUAAUUCCAGAGGAAGCAAAAUCAGGCAAUCAGCUCAAAUUGGAUUAUAACAUAAACGAGAAAGUGAGAUUCUUUGUCUCUAAAGUAUUCAAAUCUUACCUCAAGCUUUAUGGGACUGUAGACAACGCAGACUCCAAAUAUGACUUGAAGAAACAUCUAGGGUCUCUGAUCUCUCUAGGAUUCUCAAUUAUAUCAGAUGACUCAUCAAUUUUGAAACGAGUUGGCUUCUCAAUUAUUAUCACUAUAGUAAAACUGUUCAAAUUCAGCAUAGAGAAAAUUGGAGACGAUGAUGAUGAUCCCAGCAAUUAAAUGGAUGUGUAUCAAAAUAAUCCUCUGCUUCUUGAAUAGUAUGAAGCCCAAAUAUUCUCGAUCAUCAGACAGAAUAUGAAUAUUGCUCAGUCUAAGCUAAUUGACCCAUUCAUUGUGAUGAAAAACUUCAAGCUUAUCUACCACUUUUUGACUAUACCCAUUUGCAGAGAUCCAUCCAUAAUUGGAAAAAUCAUUUAAUCUCUGACAGAGAGCAUUCUUCAAGGAAUCCAUAUCUUUAAUAGCUCAGAAAUGCUAUUCUAUGAGAAAAUCCUGACAGAACUCCACUUCAAGAGAUUGAUUCUAAUUUCUAAGAUUCUCAUAAAGUGUCUCUAAGCAGAGAAGUUUAGCAGAAUAGAAUUAAACAUUAAGAAACUUUCAGGCGCAGCAAUGAAGAACAACCCAGAUGAGCUGGCUAAAGAUCAAAAGAUGAGUAAAUUCUUAAAGUAGGAUAAGGAAAGGAUCCUUGAAACUUUAACUCCUGAAAUUAUCAAAAGCUUUACAAAUCAUCUUAUGGCUGCCCUAUAAGAUGGGUUAAUGAUCACCACAAUGCCAAAGUCUAGCAUUAAAUCAGUAAAAGACUUUACAUUCAUCUAUAAGAAUGGCUCAAGAAGUGCUUACAACCAUGAUACUAUUGAAAACUCAAUCCAAUACUUUAUGAAAGCUCUAUCUCUGAUAAAAGACUAUGAGACUACUAGAAAAGUCUCAAUCUUUUAAAGUUUCAAUAACGAUUAAAGUCUUAUCCUAAACAGUCUGUUCAGUUUCUAUCUAUCUAAACCCUUUGAAGCGAAACCAGAGAAAAAUGAGAGCUAAAAUCAAAAAGAUUCCUAGCCACCUGAAGAUGAUUCUAAGAAUGAAAAGUAAAUGAUAUACAAUUUAGUCAAAGUCAAAUAACUCACUCUUUCAAUGCUUAAUAAACUUUUUGGAGAUGGGAAAUUAUUGAUAAGUAAACAAGAGGAGAUAGAUUAAUAUGUAGCUAUAUUAGAUAAUCUCUAGGGCUAUGGAAUAGUAGACAUUAAUGAUGAAAUAGUUAAGUUCUAUCAAAAUAUCGUUUCAAACAAGCAACUAAGUUAACUGGAGACUAAUUAAAAAACUCCACUAGAAAAUCAAAUACUAUAAAAGAUUAUUACAAUACACGUUGGUAUAUAACCUGAGUUAAUUGGCUAAAAGAGACAGGGUUAAGUUGAUUAUACAGCAAAUGAAAUAAAGCUGAUAAAAUCCUGUAUGGAUACUUUGCUUGCAUUGCUCAGCAAUAAUUUACAAAACUCCGAAUUAAGUAAAAAAGAAAUCAAAUUGAAAAUUGUUGCGUAUUUGCUCUAUAGAAUCACACUUGGAUACAAGGACAUAUCUCAUGAUUCUUUACUGAGAUUUUAUUCCCAGAUACAGAUUUAAGUUAUUAAUAUGCUCCUACCGCAUAGUAAGGAUGAACUUAGUCAAAGAAUAGUUGAGAUAUUUAUUGUAAUUUUCAACUAGAUACUUUCUCAGGAAGACAAAUCUUAUGUUUAAUUACAGUAUCAACUCUUAAUACAAUGCCAGCUAUUAAAUCUACUAAAAGAUUAAAAGUAUCAAUCCUAACUUUACUCUGCUUUUGACCAAGUUUAUUCAAAUGCUAAUAACUAUCCUUUGAUUAUGUUAUUUAACAAGAUUUAUCUGCAGUUCAUCCAAAAGGAUUUAAUAAACUUUAGGAAUCUUUCAAAGUACCUUUUAUCGCUUAGUAUUUCGCUUAUUUAUCAAGUAACUAAAGGUGAUGGCUAAGAUUAAAUUGAGAAAACAACAUAUCAGCUAAUGUCUGAUUUGAUUAAUUUCCUAAUGCAAGUCUAUACAGUAUAACUUGACACAUAAGAGAGAAGUGAUGUGCUAAGUCAAUAUAUGCUGUUGAUCUUUACGAUUAUUCAAAAUAGAAGUAUUGAGGGAACAUUCAGAAAUGCUUAGGCUGAAUUGAUAUUUAAGUUGUUCCAAAUUGAUGGUUUAGCAUUUAGGAACUAUAUUCAAAAUCCUGAUACUAAUAUGAAUGAGAGGGCUUUGAUUGAAAAAAUUAUAAAGCAAUUUGCAGUUAUGUCAGCUGUAGGUCAGGUAAAACCUUAGACUGACAACUAGGGUAAACCUGGAAUAUAGCAGCCUCCUACUGCCAGUGCUAAUGCAGCUGAGAGCAAAGGCAAGAUUCAAUUGACUAUGAGUUUCAACAAAAAAUGA